AUGAAUCAAGCGCAAAAGGACCGCGUAAAGGAGAUCGCCGAGUGGCUCUCUGAGAGCGACGCUGGACGAGCGUUGUGGCACAUACACUUUGGUCGGCCCAUGGCUGAAAAUCAACCGGGCGCACCGGGGACGUUGACGCCCAAUCGCACGAUUAGCGUGGCGCUCGAAUCGGAGGACGUCGACAUUUACGGCGACAUAGAUAAAUUGCGUGAGCAGUUGAAGGACUUCUACUGA